ACAAUGAUGAUGCAUUUAGCUAUGGAAAUUUCCUGUAUAUUGCGUCUUUUGGGAAAGAGGUAAUGGGUAACAAACCCAUAAAACAGCGAUGGACAGAAACCAAAAAGAGACUUAAUGUCAGGCGUCCCCGAUCAACCCAAUCUACUUAUUAUGAAAAUACACCUGUAAAUUCGAAACCAGAUGAUGACGGGGAGUAUGCCAAUUUGGCAACUGGGGGUACCUACGAGGAAAUUCAACACUUAAGAAUCAGGCACGAGUUAUUUGUAGUUGCUCUAGAUAUCGGAACUUCGUCUUCCGGGUACGCGAUCUCUGUUUACGACGAAUACAAGAGGGACCCUCUACAAAUCAGUACCUUCAGCUGGAGGUCCAGAACGGAUGGAUUCCAGCAUUUCAAGACACUGUCUGCUGUUCUGUUGAACCCGAAAGGAGAGCUUCAUAGCAUUGGUUACGAUGCUGAAUAUCAUUAUAUUAAUUCCUUGUCAGAGGACGAACGUCAGGAAUGGUUUUACUUCCAACACUUCAAAAUGAGGCUCUAUGAUCAAAAGAUUUCCAGAAAUCUUGUUCUACACGAUGUGAAAGGAAAGCCUCAAAAAGCGUUGAAAAUAUUUUCCUCGAUCAUUAAAGGCUUAAAGGACGAUUUUACAACCCGAUUGAAGGAAAGAAUAAGUAAUUUUGGAGCAGACUCUGUUAAUGAAGACAUCCAUUGGGUGAUCACUGUUCCUGCAAUUUGGGAUGAAAAAGCCAAACAAUUUAUGAGAGUUGCGGCACAAGAGACUGGAAUUUUAAACAAUAAACUGUCAAUUGCAUUGGAACCGGAAGCGGCAGCUCUCUAUUGCCGUUAUCUUCCGGUUGAGAGACUCACCAGAUCUGAGGACUGUGACGGAAAAGCCAAACUGAAGACAUUCUCACCUGGUGCAAAGUAUCUUAUUGUUGACCUAGGGGGUGGAACGGUGGACAUUACCGCACACGAGAUUUUACCUAAUGGGGCUUUACAGGAAGUCAUGGCGGCGGCUGGUGGAAACUGGGGGUCCUUGGCAAUCAAUGAAGAAUUCGUGAAUUUUUUAGAGAAUCUAACUGUUCCCGGGAUUAUGGAGAUUAUCAGGCGAACCCAUCCCGAUGAUUUCCUCUCAUUCAUGUCUGCUUUUGAGAACAAGAAGAGGGUUUUCUCAAAAGAUGAUGAACGGGUAAUUCUUCAGGUUCCACAAUCCAUUCGCGAUAUAAUGAGUGAAAAACUUGGUAAAUCGCCUGAAAGUCAUAUUGAAGAAAUUAAUAAAACAAAGGAAGUGAAAUUUCAGCGUGAUAAAAUGUAUAUUUUCAACGAAACUUUUACCCAUUUACUGAAAGGAACAAUUGAGAAAAUCAUUUUACAUGUGGUUGCAAUAUUAGAGUCUCACCAUCUCCAUGUGGAUAGUAUAGUUCUAGUUGGUGGGUUUGCAGAAAGCGAUCUUUUGAAAUCGACGUUUAGAACGUCAUUUCCGGAUACUAGAAUAAUAGUACCAGAAGACCCUGUUCUUGCAGUGCUGAAAGGAGCAGUUUUAUUUGGAAGAAAUCCCCAAGUUCUGCAGGCGCGUGUUUGCCGUUACACAUACGGUAUUUGCACAACAGUUGAUUUUGACGAAAAACGUUUUCCUCCAGACAAAAAGAUCGUUUUAGGGCAGAGAGUGCUUGCAAAAGACGUUUUUAACAUUCAUAUUCGAGCAAAUGAGACUGUUCGUGUUGGACAGCGGGGUACUCCAAAGAAGUACUUCUUAAACAGAGACGACCAAGACCAGUUAGAUCUUGAAAUUUUCGCCACGAAGAAUAGUAAUCCUAAGUUUGUUACAGAUGAAGGGGUUGUUUCUUUGGGUAUGUUAGUCAUCAUGGUUCCGAAGUCUCAAUCACAGUGCAACGACAAAAGACAUUUUCUCGUGAGUUUCCUUCUGGAUGGCACAGAAAUGGAGGUUGAGGCUGUUGAUUCUGGGACAAAUACAACAACUGCGGUUAAGUUUGAUUUCAUUGGUUGAAAAUUGUUACCUGUGUAUUAGAUAUUAUAUGUCCAUACGUUAGAGUCACACAAUACUCCUGUUCAUUGCUUUUACAAAUAAA